AUUGGCCAGAAGACUGAGUAGCAUGAAGCUGCAGCGUCGGAGACGACACUUGUAGAACCACACACACAGGUCCCGCGUCACGAGCACACACACAGGUCCCGCGUCACGGCGGCACGUGACGGAGCACGUUCACAUGAAUGUGAACGUCAACGCAGAGAAUAUGCAUAUUACAAUCCGAGAGGGGAGAUCCUUGCCGGACCUUCAACGGUGCACGACGUGUUGCAAUGACUUCCACUGCCCGUUCUGUGUCUCUCGUUUAUUCUCUCCAACAAAACACUGCAAGGUGAAAAGCCAUCUCGAGAGCCACUUCCAGCGUGCAGUUCUCCAUGAAGGGUAUACCAUUCACAGAUGUCGAUUAAAUUGCCGACCAGACUAUCAUUUUCACUGCUGCUACUGCCAAUCCAUGCAUACUCGCAAAUCUGGCUUUGUAAAGCACCUCGCUUUGUGCAAGGCAAAGCACUCUGCCAUAACCCCCAUCAUCCCAGAUCCAGCAAUCCCCAUCAUCCCAGAUCCAUCAACGCCCGUCAUCCCAGAUCCAGCAAUCCCCAUCAUCCCAGUGCGAAAGAUGCAAAGGGUCCGUGUAGAGCCUGUACUCAAGAAAAAAUGUCCCAUAUGCCAUGUUCUCAUGAAUAAUUUUUUUUUGAAAAGGCACAUGGAAAGAAAGCACUCUGCCAAACAAAAGGACAUAACCGCAAGUUCACACCUACCGAGUGAAUGCAUAGAUCCUGAACAUGGAGUCUAUGCUGUCCACAAAGCCUUCCAUGGAACAAGUAUUCCUCUGCAUGUUCAGAAUAAAGUGUGGGGAGAAAAUCAGCAUGUGUCUUGUGAAAAUAAUGAGUGCCAGGUGAACCUGGAGUUGGCAUGGAGGAGUGGAAUUAAAGCCUAUCAAUGUACACAUUUAAAAUCCAUAACCUACUGUUCAUCCUAUGCCUCCCCUAUUGAGCUUGAUGAAGAUAUUCUAACGGAGAUGGUGAACAACAAAUGGUUUGGUGAAGAUAAAAAGAGCCUCUGCCUCGUUCGGCAAAACCUUGCCAAAUGUAACCACGUCCCUUUAUCUGUGUACUCGAAAACUGGAACCCCGAAGACAACAAAAUAUGUAUCCUCCAUUUGCUGGAGGGAACCCUUCAGCAACAAAUGGUUUGGUGAAGAUAAAAGAGCCUCUGCCUCGUUCGGCAAAACCUUGCCAAAUGUAACCACGUCCCUUUAUCUGUGUACUCGAAAACUGGAACCCCGAAGACAACAAAAUAUGUAUCCUCCAUUUGCUGGAGGGAACCCUUCAGCCAAUAUUCAGAGUGCCACGACCAGAGAGGGAACAGCAGACCCUGCCUCACCCCCAGUGAAGAAUCAGCAGACCCCGCCUCACCCCCAGUGA